AUUUAAAAGAUACAUAUAUUAUAAUCCAAAUAUAUACAAGUGGGGAAUGAACGGAUGGCUACCGAUCUUGUAUAAAUAUCCCCCAUCGUCACCGAGUUUUGUCAAUUCCUUUCAAAUCCUCCACCAGAUCAGUGGAAGCUGGAGCAAUGAAAUUCAUCAUUUGUACCCUCGCCCUCGUGGCCGCCGCCUCCGCAGUUCCAGUUGUCCCACUGACCAGGGAUGGAUUAGCGCGUAUCCACAGCCAAGUCAACGAACAAAAUAUCGACGGUUCGUACAAUUGGAAUUACGUGAGCGAAAAUGGAAUCGCUGUCAAUGAAAGAAGCAUCCCCGUGCCAGCUGGCCCCCAUGGAGAACCAGCGCCGGCCGUCCAAGGAGGAUGGGAAUACACAGCUCCCAAUGGCGAAGUAGUCAAGACGACUUACGUCUCCGACGAAAAUGGAUUCCGUCCAGAGGGUACGCACAUUCACCCAACCCCAGAGAGCGUUCUUCGUAGUUUGGAAUGGAACGCGGCUCAUCCGGAAGAAGAAGCGUAUUGGGAUGCCGUAUACGCCAAACAACAGCCGCAUUUAUAUUAUCCCGUAGGCCCCGUGCAAUAGACGAUCUUACUAUGAAAGCAACAUGAAAAAUUAGAAUCACGCGACGAUAACAGGAUGACGACGAUGUUUGGAUAAAUUACAUAUUGAAUAUAUAUAUGUACAUAUUAAAAAAACAAAAAGAAACAUACACUGAUAACACGAAAA